AUGAUGAAUCCGGAUCAAAUUCUUGAUUUUUACAAUGCCCUUAAGGAAAUGCAUGCAGAAUAUGAUGACCAAAUUAAUCAGCCAUCAGUUAUUACCACUAGGCUCAAAUCUUACCAGCUUAAAGCAGUCAAAUGGAUGGAAGACAGAGAGAAAAAUAAUAACUGUAGGUCCAUAAGUUUUUAUUAUAGUAUGCAACUAGUAAUAGUCCACUUAAAUUAUAUGUAAUUUAAUUUAUUUUUCAGUGGUGAAAAAUGAUCUAUCGGAAUUUAGAGGAGGGAUUUUAGCUGACAGUAUUGGACUUGGCAAGACUCUUGAAAUGCUAUGUUUUAUUGUGGCAAACAGAGCUCCCCCAGAAGUAUUUUAAUUUUGCAUUUCUAUUUAUUUAUUAUAUUUAAGAUAUAAAGUGUAUUUUUGAUUUUUUUUUUUUAUCGUCUUUUUUAGUUCCGUGCAAUUUUUCCUACACCAAAAAUUAAAAACUGUAUAACAUACUUGAACAAAAAUAUUUUAGACCGUGAACCAAUGCAUGUUACAACAAAGUUAUCAACUGAAAUGCAAAAUCACAUUAAACAGAACCAGUCUAAUUGUAUUACAUUUGUUUAUGGACAGGAUAAUAGUCUUAAUUGUCUUAACUGCUAUUGCUGGUCAACACUGGAGUAUGAUAAUAAACUAAUUGUAGUUUGUGCUUUGUGUGGUGAAGCCCAACAUAUGGAAUGUGUUAAUUUUAAACCAAAACCAUUUCAAGACAACCUUUACUUAUGUCCUAGUUGUUGGUAUCUAAGCAACAAAAUUGAUUGUAAGGCUACAUUGAUUAUCGUGCCACUACCCAUUAUGGAUCAAUGGGUUGAUGAAGUAAUUUCUUUUGUUUACAUACCUAAUAUUCAUUUUAUUUGGUGUAAUCAAAUUUCAGAUAGAAAAGCAUGGUUUAAAUGUUCUAAAAGUUCAUAUUUAUAGAGGUGUUCAUUCUGGAGAAUAUAUUGAACCCAUUGCGUUUUGUGAAUACGAUAUUGUAAUCACAACAUACAGUUUUCUUGAGGAUGAUUUAAGUUCAAUGUCGACUACUGUAUGUAUAAUUUGAAAAAUAUAGAAAUUUAUUUUGUUGAUUAAAAAAAUAUAUAGCAUUUUGAAAAAAAUUUGGAAAGAACAGUGUUUAAUUUUGUAUUUGUAUUUCAAAAAAAUUGUUUCAUAUAUUUUUUAACUACGUGACCAAACUGUCAUAAAUUCAAAACUGCCUAAGUACUUAUUGAUUGAUUUUAACUUUUACUUCCAAACACGCAUAGAUCAGUAAUUUAUCAUCUUGCCUUUUAUUGUUGAUCAAAGAAAUAUCAUAUACAACUUAUCCACCAAAUAAACUUAAGGGAAUCUAUCAUUUUUUCUUUGGAUCCUGAUUAUUGAUUACAUUUGUAUAAUGCAAGAAUAUUAUUAAAAACAUGCUUCAUGUAGUUCCUGUUUUACACUCAACUUUUUUUUUGGUUUUGGUCAUUAAACUAUUUAUAAAAAAUUUAGUGUUGUAUUUUUAACCAUUUUUGUUGGGUCAAAUAAUUUCAACCACAUAAUACUCACCAAAUAAAAACUAAAAAGAAACUCAAAAAUAUAAAAUACCUAUAAUUAGUUCAAAAAUCAACAGAAUGUUUUACGUGUUUGUCAGGAUUCCUGGUAGAAAAUUUGUUUAUAGACUAAAAACAAAUAAAUACAAUAGAACCAAUAAAUUCCUAACAAUCUAUAAAACAUUUAAAUAGAUAUUUAAAUACUUGUAUUGAUCAAUAGUAGGUUGUAUAAUAAAAAGUCAUUGUACAUUUCUUUUUCUAAUAUUCUAAUAUUCAUAUUAAGUUAUUAUUAUAAUUUUGAAACAGUUUAAAAACAUUCAAAUUUGAAAAAAAGUGAGUUACCUUAGCAAAAUAUAUUAUAAUUAUUAUAUUUAUGAUGUCAAAAUUGUUUUUAGAAUAACACAAUUGUAAAUAAUAAUAACAUCUACUUACUUUAUAAAUAUAUAGCUAAUAUCAAAUUGUAUUUGUUAUUAUAAUAUAGUUUCCAAAUUCAAUUAAUCGUUUCAAACGCGUUCAUAAUUGUCCAUUGUUUUGUUUGAAUUGGUGGCGAAUUUGUUUAGAUUAUGACAUAAAUCAUUUAAGCAAUUCAACAUUUAAAACUAUAUUGAAAUUAAAUUGUGUAAAUAAAUGGAUUAUGACUGGUACACCUAUUCAAAACUCAUUAGAUGGUAAUUAUGUGUUUUUUUGUCUCAUAUUCACUGUACAUAAUACUGUAUUAUAUCUAUUAUAAUAUUAUAAAUAAUUCUGAAUUUUUUAAGGGUUUAGCUUUAAUAUACAAAUAUAGACAAGACAAUUUAUUUUAUAUUAAAUAGUAAGAAACUUAAUUUAUUAGUAUGAUACACAUAGUUUUUUCAUUGCCUUACAUAACAAAAAAAAAAAAAUAAUAAUAAUUUCAUUUAAAAUGUCCGUGAAAGCACAAUUUAUGAUGAAUCUUAAGUAAAAUGUGCGACAAUUAUUUUUAUUUUCAUAAAACCAAAAAAGAAUUGAUACUGGAAAUGGGUGCAGCUACUGUUGUAGGUUGAAAAUUGGGAAGGUAGGAUACAUAGAAGUAUUCAAUUUAUAUCUGUGCAAAAAUAAACCAUUAGUAACGAAAAACGAUUCAAAACAAAGUUUAGUAAUUUUUUUAAAAAUUUGAUCUUGAAAAAAUAACUAAUGCAUCAAACUCAAAUUACUUUUAUUAUAUUUUCUUUGAUAAAAUCUACUACUCUUGAAAUUUGGACAAACAUUUUGUUUAGAAAAAAAAAUCUUAAAAAUUUUAAAUUAUGAAAUCGUGCCAUAAUUUGAAAAAAAAAUCAUAUUUUUAAUCUUUUUUGGUUUUUGGAGUCGUAUACAGGAAUUUUGGGUCAUUGAUUGUGGGUCAAUCGUGGGUCUUUGAUGUGUCCAUAAUUUUAGCCUCCCAAAGUAAAUGGUCUUUAAAACUCAAACUCAAGAAUUGUAGUUGUCUUUGGGAUUGAAGUGAUAAGUGAUAAAAUUUUGGGAAAUUAAUUUGAACAUGGUGGUAUUUUUUUAGCUUUGUAAACCUUUAGAGACUCCUGGCUUAAAGCUUUUUUGGGGUUAUCAAUUUUUAAUAUUUUUCCCUAUUAUUUUUAUAAUCACAGUUGUAAUAUUUCCUAAUAAAUUGGAGUAUUAUAUUAUUAUUAAUUAUAGUAUUCAGUAUUCUUUGCUUUGCAAAGAAUAUUUCUUUUAUACAAAAUUGGUGGGAGGAAAUUUAACUUUGCUGUUUAAAGUUGUUAUUUAUUUAAUUUUAAAUUAUUGUAAUAAUUUUGUAAUUUAUUGCAUUAAUGUAGUUAUGCUUAUAAUAUACUAAAUAAAAAUAAUGAUUUUUGGUUAUAGAUCUUGAGUUACCUUUAAAGCUCUUGAAUAUAAAAAAAUACUGUAUUCGGAAUGAUUGUUACACCAUUCCAUCUCAAAUAAUUGAUCUUCAGUGGUUAUGGUUUUCAUAUGUAAUGUGGCGUAAUUCAGCAACCGAUGUUAAUUCUGAACUGAUUCUACAAAAAUCAUCAAUUGAAUACAAUUGGCUAACAUUUCCUCAAAUUGAAAAAUAUUAUUAUACUCUACAACAAGAAUAUUCAGGGGAUCAGUUUUAUAAAUUGAUUUAUAAGUAAUUCAACAAUUUACAAUAUUAAUUGAUCAACAUGUAAUAUUUAAGUAUUUUUUGUUGUUAAAUAUUCUGAGUAAAAAUAUUCAUUUUUGUUUUUCAACUUAAUGUAAUUUAAACAGCCUAUAUCUAUAUUUGAGAUUAUUAAUACAAUUUUAUUUGUGUUAGGUUAGGUUAUAAUGUAAUAAAACUUCUAGUACAAUAUAAAAUCUGGAAUAUAUUGCAAUAAAAUAAAAAUUAAUUAUUUUUAAGUAAAAAUUAAAAUGAAAUGUGUCUUAUACCUCCAGUAUAGAAUGGGUUCUCAGAAGUGUUUUAUUAAAUUAAAUGUAUAUCAUCGAAGUGGUCAUAUUAUGUAAUAGAAUAUAGUCUAUAAUAGAGUGAUCUAAAUGAAAAUAUAUGGUUAAAAGGACGUUAUACCUGCAUUUACUGGCUCAGUUCAAAUACUGGGUAACAUGCAAAAAUAAUGUUUACACAAAAUAAGUAAAACAAGCAUAAUUUUGACUUUCGAGUAAAAGUACCUACAUACUAUGAAAUUUAUUGAGAAAAAUAUUUUGGAAGAAAUGUUAUAGGUGUUUUUUGAACUAUGAACUAUUAAAAAAGUUAUAGUUAUUUUUUUAAAAAAAAAGAAAUUUUUUUGUAUCUAUUAUAUUGCUCUAUAUAUUUUGAAUACUACAGACACCCUCUGACAUUCCCUCCAAAAUAUUGUUCUCCAUAAAUUUCAUAAUUGGUACGUUUAAUUCUAAAAUCAAAAUUAAGCUAGUUUUAACUUAUUCUACAUAAGCAUUGUUUAUACAUGUUACCUGGUAGUUGGACUGAGACAGUCCGGGUAUAAUUUCCUUUUAAGAAUAAAAGGGAUACGCAUUUUGUGAAGUUAGUAAUGAUUUUCUGAGUGUUGGGUUUAAGUGUAUAAGAGAAAAAAUAGUAAUUAAUGGAGUGGAAACAAUAAUUUUAAGGUGGUUGUGUGGUGUGAUCAGAUUUAUAUCUCAAUGAUUUAACAAUUUUAACCAUACUUUAUUAAGACUAGUGGAUGAUGCAUACAUAUUUAGAUAUAUUUUAGCCUAAUGUUAAGACUAAAAUAGUACCUAUAAUAAUAGUUCACACAAAUUCUAUAUUAUUAUAUUUAUUUUUAUCAUAUGAUAUUUAAAGGGCAAGUCUGGAAACUGAAACCACAAUAAUGGAAUCUGAUUACAUGAAAUAUGAUAUGAAUAUAGUUCUAACACCAAUGAUGACACUUCGUCAAUCAUGCUUACAUCCAAUAGUAAAUUUAUUUAUUAAAUACAUUUAUUAAAAGGCAUUUUAAAUAUUAUUUUUUAUAUUAUAAUAAUAUUUUUACACUUUUAGAAUCGAUAUGGUGAAUUUAUGAAGUUAAUCAAAACAAUGUCCAUGAAGAAUAUAAUGAAUAGAUUAGUUGAAAAUUCUGGCAUUGAUUGCAAUAAAACCUUAACAGUAAUUAUUUCUCACCAUACCAAAAUUGCAGGAUUAUAUGUUAAAAAGAAACAAAUUCCCUCUGCUAUUAAUGAAUAUAAAAUUAUAUUAGAUUUAAUACAAAAACACGAAAAACUAAAUCUUAAAGUAGAUGCUUGUCAGGUAUUUGUAUUUAUGCUAUUUUAUACUUUUAGUAUGUAUUUUAAUUAAGUUUGUAUUUUUUUUUAUAGAAAAUGAGUACAAUGUAUAAUUUAGAUUGUCUACUCCAUAAAACAAAAAUACCUAUUAAAGAUAUGUGUGGCUCAAAUGGCCUUAAAAAUUUGAAAAUGGAAAUGGAAAAAUAUGAAACAAACCAUCUUGACAUUCAUAAAAACAAUGUAAGUCUAGAAUAUAUUUUACGAAAUAUUAUGUAUAUAGUAUACUGUAUUUACUAUUUAGGUACCUAUUCAAAAGUUUAAGACAUUGAAUAUAAUACCAUAGGAAGCUAUUUUAAUUAUUAAGUUAUCAGGAUCAGCUGCCUUCUCUUUUUAAUCUGUCUUGUAAAUCUUAAAAUGAAUACAAAUUUACUAUAAAUGUACAAUAAAUACAAAUUAAUAAAUUGUUUUAAACAUGUUUGAUUUUUAAUUUAAAAAUGGUUAAUACAUUAACAAAUGCUAAAUAUACAUUAUACAAUGUUUAAUAAUUUUAUAAUAAAAAUAUAGAAAAAAUAUUUUUAUUCGAUUCUUAAAGUAAAUAAUAUCUAUGGAAAAGUUCUAAAUCAACUAGGAAGUAAUAAAAAUUGAUACUAAUGGGCAAUAGCUAAUAUUUAACUAUUGGAUGUUUUAUUGACAGAUUUAGAAUACUAAGUAUUAAUUACUUUAUAGUACUAAGUAUUAAUUAUUAUAUGAAUUAUUACAUAUUGCAAAUGAAAAAUUGUUUUGACCAAUGUUCACUUAAAAAUGUUUGAUACAUUUAAAUUAAAAAUUAUAUUAAUUUGUAACUACAAAAUAAAUUACAAUUAUUCAUGAUUUUUUAACCAAAAUAAACUAACUUUUCAAUAUUUUGAUAUCACUGUAAAGAUAACUUAUGAUGAAUUUUGUAACAAAUGUUGGAUAAUUUUGAGAAUACAAAAUAAUUUCAUCUGUUAAAUAAAAACCAAAAAUUAAAUAAUUUCAAAUAACUUUAAAACCACUAGAAUGUGAUGCAAUUUGUGUGUGUAAAAAGUAUUUUAAUAAAUAUUGGGUGAAAGAUUUGGGUUAUGAUUAUUUUAACUAAACUACAACAAAAUAAGUAAAUCAAAAAUAAAAAUUGGAUAUUACAGUAAAAUAUACAUUAUAGUAAUAGAUCCCUAUCCUUUAGAAUCUAAAAUUUAUCUUUAAAAUAUUUGUAUUAUUUUUUUUAGGUCAAAAUGGUUUUUAAAAUGGUUCAAUUUUGUUCAGGUGAAAUAUCUGCACUUAUAGGGAAUACAAAACUUAUCUAUUCUGAAUGGUGGCCUGAAAUGUCAUUUAUAGUUACAUUAGAUGAAUUUUUGGCUCAAGCAAAGCCUAAAUGGGAAGAAUACCGUUCAACUGGUGUAGCGGAUAUUGGAAACAGGUUUAUAAACACACAUUUAUCAGUGAUAGAAAUGAUUUUUUUUGGAAAAGAUCUAAUUCAAAUUAAAAUAAGAAUAAAUUAUAUAUGUUUAAUACUUUUCUUUAUUUUAAUAAUUUCACAUUAACAAAAUGUAUGAAUUAUGAAAUCAAAAAUAUUUGAUAUGACCAGGGCUCGGAUUUUAUAGCAUUAACUAAUUAUUAUAUGAUACAGAUAAAAAUAGUAGAGUGAGCUUUACAUUUAUUUGUACCAAGGACUUCAAAUAUAAAACUUUAUAUUGUUAUUUUUACAUACUUAAAGUAUUUUAGAUUUUUAGUGCUAUUUUUUAUAAAUAAUAGAAAUGAUCUUUCACUUAUGUGAAUCCAUUGAACAGUUUAUGUUUAUGACUUGUUUUUAUACAUUUAAAAAAAAAAUGUAUUUUCUUUUUAGCCAUUUUUCAUGUUUUUAUGAUAUACUAUAGCUUAUUUUAAAAAUGUCGGCAUGUAUUCUAGCACUUUUUUAAAGAUUUUUUAGCUCAUAUUGUAGCGUACAUUUCAGUUAUUUCCAUUCUUAUUGUAAAACGUGCCAAAUAAAUUUUCUAAACAAUCCUGAUUUAAACAGUUGGUAACCUAACCUUUAGUUACAAAUGCUUUUACAUUUUAAAAAACGCUUAACAGUUUUUUCAUGGUAGACAUUACAAUACCGCUUAAAUCUAAGCUACAAUAGCUUCCAAGUACAAACAAAUAUGCUACAAGCUAGUUCUAUGAUACAUUAAUUCCCUUUAUCAUUAAAAAUAAUUUAUACUUAGCUGGGAAUGGGACACAAAGUAUAGGGAUAUGUGCAUUAUAGUGAUAGAAUAAUUAUAAUCAAAUUAUAAACUCAACUAAUAGAUACUGUGCUAAUUCAAGUUUACAUGCCCACCUCAAAAGAAUAUGAUAAUGUAGAAAAAAAUAUAAGAAGAACUAAAUGAUUAAAUAAAAAGAAAAUCUUAUAAUCCUAGGAGACUUUAAUGCCACAGGCGAAGGGACAGAUAAAGAGAAUAAUAUUGUCUGCAAGUAUAGACUUGAAAUUAGAAAUCCAAGAGGAUAAAACUUAUUAGAGUUCUGUGUACAAAAUAAUCUAACACUUUCCUUAUUGGUUAUCAACAAUUUUCCACAUGACUUCACAACACACUUGUAUAAAUAUUCACUAUGGGACAUUAUUAUAUAAUAUGAUAAAUUAUACAAUUUAAUAACAAAUUCAAAUUUAAAAUACAAAAUUAAAUGAUAAUCAACAUCUCAACAAUUUAAGAUUUGAAAUUUCAACUACGAAUAGUCAGUAUUUCAAUUAAUAAUACUAAAUUGAUUAAAUCCACCAAAGAUAAAAUGGCCACUACGUUUUUGUUUACAUUGAGAAUGUCUUUCCUGAUUUAAUUUAUUCUAUGAUUUAAUCUUCCACAAACUUGACAUUUGGACUUCCUUUGGACCAAAGUAGUUGAAAUUAUUUUAAAAUUUUCCAUUUGUACAUAUUCCUUGAUUGAUAAGUUUCUUUGGUCCAUUAACAUAAUUAAAAUUAACAUAACUUGUUUCCUGGUUUUCUUUGAUAGAAUGUUUGUUAGUACAAUUUAGUCAGAGUAAGUGUCUUCUAGUAUAAAAUCUUCAAAAAGACGAUACCCGAGGUACUUCUCCAAUUCAAGAAUAAAUACAUUUUUAAUAAAUAUGUUUAACUUUGUUAAAAAUCAAAAAGAAUGGCUAAUUCAGGAUUUUCAACAGCUUUAUAAAACUCACUUCUGGUAUAAAAAUAUGAUUUUUCUGGUGUGAAAUGUUUGUUUAACAAUUUGAUUAGCUAAUUAUAAAGCUUUUCUUCAAUGUUGGUUGAAACACUCAGACUUGUAAGUAGGAUUACAAUUUUAGCACUUAAUGACAUGGCUUUCUUUCCAAGUUUAUUUAUUGUAUCAUCUGCUUUGAAUUGAUUUUUUAACUUUAGUUUGGGAGUGAAAACAUUUAUGCAGUGAUCAAACGUGAAUAUAUGGCCAAAAUAUGAUGGUUUAACAUUAAUAUUUUUAAUUACAUAAAAUAUAUAAUAAUAGUAUUUAAAAUUUCGUUUUUUCUACACUCAAUAAAUAAAAAUGUUUGAAAUUCAAAUUUUGUUCUUCAAUGUGUAAAUAAAUAUUAGUAAUUAACAUAACUGUUCUAUAAAACUUGUCAGCCAAACUAAUAAUGUGAACAUUCACAAAAAAAUAAGAACUUAAUUCAAGUUCCAAUUAAUUACAUGAAAAUUGAACGCCCAUGUCACUUUCACAAAUUUAACGGUUAUCAUUUUAAUUUUAUUGUUAUUAGGUUAAAAACCUGGCCAAUUUUUUGUUUAAAAAUUAUUUUAUGAGCUUUAAUAUCUCUUUGAUUAUAUUUAGUUUUAGUUCUAUGAUGGAUAUUGAUGUACAAUUGAAAAUUUGGUGUAUGAAUUUACAAGGCUCAAAAGAAGAUAUAUUAGAGACUGUGGAUCUUUUAAAAAAUACACCUAUAGACAAAUUAGCUCGAGAAGCAAUGAAUUGCCAUUUGGGUGUACAAAGAAAUUUCCAUUUUCCUAAGCCAGAGUAGGUACCAUACCUAAUUGAUGAUGAUUUGUUUUCUUCUCAUAAUUUAAUUAUGAUUUCAUAUAUAGAUGCACUAUAUGCAAAGCAAAGUAUACUCUUAACACAUAUAAAACAAUAUUAUUUAGUUUUCCUACUAAUCAAAAUACUUUUGAUGAACUUUUAAAAUCAAAAAAUAAUGAUGAAGAAGAAUGGAAAAUGUCUUUACAUGCAUUUUUAUUAACAGGUGAGUUUUUUUAGCAUACAGAAUGAAUUACCUCUUAUAAUUUAGUAAUUUUCUUGACAAAUUUUAAGUGAAAUAUAUGUAUAUUUUUGUUGGAUAAUUUUGGAAUCAUCUAAGCAAUUUAAGAUUUAUUUUAAUAUUUUUUCAUUUUUUCAUUCUUAUUAUUUGUACUUUCAAAUUGACUAUUUGACUAUUUGUACUUUGAAUGAUUAAAACAGUUUGAUUUUCAAAUAGCAAUCUACAUUUUUAAUGCUUUCUUGGAGGAAGAAAAAUAUUACCGGUUUUUCCUAUAGUCAAUAUUCAAUAAUCAAUAUUAUGUUUUAAAGCUAUUGUGUUUUGAAUAUUUCCUCUCUAAGAGUUCUUUUUUACAGAAUUUGUUAAAAAUGAUAAAUUGAUAACUUAUGUCAUACGAGUAAUUCCUUUAGUACACAUCAUGAUUCUACUGUUCAGCAGUAGCCAGAGGCAUAUUCAGGUCAUCUUCCAGAGGAGGGGGCGAAAAUGCGAACUUUAACCAUACUUAUAAAUUAUUAGUUAUAAAAGUAUAUGUCUAAAUGGCAGUGUUACAUAUUAUAAAUAGAUUGGCAGUUAAAAAUUUUCCAAUCGUUUUGCUUGCUUAAAACUUGAAUAAUUAAUUUCUACCCACUUUGAUAAUUAUUAUUAGGAAUUGAAGAAAACAAAACCCCAUGGAAAAAAUACAGUUACUGACAUCUUAAAAAAAUGUUUUUAUAAGUAUUGAAAAGAAGCCUUGGAUAAAAGCCCCAUUAUAAAUUAAUAUAAUGCAUUUAAAAAAAUUAAAAUUUGUAAAAAUAAUUAGGUAAUUUCAAAAACAUGUUUUACGUAUAUUAUUGCUUAUUGCCUACUUUUGUUGGAAACCUAUUUAUCUUAUUUUUCUAAUUUAUUGCUUGAAAAAUGUAGAAUAGUAUAACAUAAUAUACUGUAGGUAUAGGUACCAAAUAUAUGUUAUAUUGUUUAUUUGGACUCAAGGUUUUUAAAUAAUAAUUUUAGUAUAUUAUUUGUAUUCAAUUUAUCCAUAUCGGUUAUUAUAAGAAUAUCUGAUUAUAGUUUGUGUAGUAGGUAAAUAUUAAAUAAAUAUUUCUUUGCUUCAUCGGGGAUUUUUUUCCUCGUGUAAUUUUUGAUCAGGAGCUUUUUUUCUUAAUACCAUUAUUAGCCAUUAUAUAUAACCAUUAUUUCAUACAUUAAUGUAUUACAAAUUUCAAUAUUUAGUAUUAAUCAAAACUACUGUUGACCUGCAGUGCAAAGAAAGCCUUAAUAGGCUCUCCAGUAAGUAAUUAUAAAAAAAAUCUACAAAAACAACUAUUCUAUCAGUAUUAAUAAUAUUUAAAAAAGUUUACAUACAUACCUGCUUCAAUUUUAUUUAUACAUGUAUCUAUAAAUUAUUAUCUAAUCAUUGUCAUCUGUAUGGUUUUUUAGUCUAUAGAUUUCAAACAAAACAGCAAAAAUUCCAAAAAACUAAUUUGUUGAAUAUUAUUGUGCCAUCUACUCUCUCAAGGGAAUCCCGCAUACCUAAUUUUAGUUGCCAAAUAUCUAAAAUUGUUUAGAGCGAUAAAUUGUGGAAUUAGGAAAAUACAUUAUAUAAAAAUUAUUUAAACAUACAUAUUUGGUAUCUAUACAUUAUUAGUUAUUACAUAAGUAUAAGUGUAUUACAAUUAGUACUUUUUCUGUUUCCAUAGAGUAAUUUUGAAAUGUGCGACUGUGCAACUAUGGACAUAAUUAAAUCUACUCAAGGAAAAAUAAAUAUGUUUUAAUGGUUACACCUACAUACGGUGAUUAUUUUUUUUUUUAAUUAUUUAUUAUUAUUAUGUCUGACAGCUGUGUGCACUGUACAAUAUACACUCAAACUGUUGAUGAUUAAACUAUAUUCAAUUUUUUUUUUAUACAUAUAAUUUUGACAGUAUACCUACUUGCUUUGGGGAUUUACUUGCAGAGAUUUUUUUCCUGGGAUUCUUUAAAGUACUACCAUUGUCAUCUUUACAGUUUCCAUUGAAGCUUAUCAAAUUUUUUUAUGAUAUAGUUAUCGUGACUCUAUGGUAUCAUUCCACGAAAACAGAAUGAGUUAAUAACACGGAACAUGAUUGUAGAGUACAGACAAUAAUAUUAUAGACAAUCACAAUAUAAUAUUAUUAUAUUAUAACCAACAGUAGGUAUAUAUGUUGAUUGUUGAUGAUAGCCAAGGUUUAUAGAUAAUACUAAUAAUAGUAUUAUUGACUACUAGUAUUAAUAAUAUCUCUCUAAUUGAUAAACAUUUCCGCACAAAAAAAUUAACUUUUUUUUAAUUGCUGAAUAAUAAUAAUAAGAUAAGUAAGUACCUAAACAUAAAAAAAAUUCAACAAUGCCCGGGAGGGGGGGGGGAGAUCGCUCCCUAUCACUCCUCCUUGUAUACGCUCCUGUAAAAAGUUUGGGUAAAACGUUUAAAUAACAUUAAAAUAAAACUUUAAAGUAUAACAAUUGAAAAAACAGAUGUCAAAUUCACUUAGAAGCGUCCAAGAAAAUUGCUGGUUUGUGAGAAAUAUUGAUUACUCUGUAUAAUUUUUAUCUAAUCAUGUUUCAUACUUCUUUUUACAUAUUAAAAAUAUUUUUUAGUAUUUUCGGAAUGUAUUCAAGCGAAUCUUAAAAACAAAAAUGUAUAUAAAAAUGCAGUUGUGUUCCUCAAGAUUGUAGAGUUGUCACGCCAAGAAUUCAUAUAUAUACUACAGUUUUGGUCUUGUGUUAAUGAUUAUAUUUCUACUUACUUUGAAAUAAAUCUAAAGGCUAAAUCAGCUUCAUUUGGAGAUGCCAAUAGUUCUGAAAAUAUCCCAUUAAUGUAUGAAUCAACAGAGGAUGAAGAAUGUGAAAAAGAAAUAUUUGAGACAAUAGUAAUUUAAUGUUUGAUAUAAAGUUUUUUUUUUUUAUUUAUAUAUUAUUUAAUUUAGAUAAAGUAUAAAAUGAAAUUAUUGGAAUCUAAAAUUGUAAUCGAUCAAAAUGCAUUGAAAAGGGACUAUGCAGUAUUUCGUUACCUUAGUAAUUUUAAAAAAGAAGAAGAAAAUUCUAAUGUAAACAAAUCGUGUAAAAUUUGUACUCUGGAGAAUGACAGCAUAGUAUAACAUUUGCAAUUACUUUAAAAAAUUGAGUAUUAUUAAAUUAUGUUCUUUUUAUUUUGCUUUAGUGGGCAGUAUUACGAUGUGGUCAUAAAAUAUGCAAACCAUGUUUGUUAACACUACUUAAGAGUUUUAAUUAUUCUAUAAUUAUAUGUCCAAUCUGCAGAAAUUAUGCUUUAGCUCAUACUUUAUAUUUCGGGAAGGUUGAAAUUGAAGAGCCUGGUAUCACACUGAAAGGAACUUUUUCUAUUAAAAUAGAAAGUAUCACUUUGAAAUUAAUGGAAUUGAUUGUCCAAGAUCCAACUGUUAAAGUUUUAAUUUUCUCAACUGUGAGUUCAUUUAAUCUAUUUUAAAUAUAAUAUGUACAUAUUUUUAUUAAAAAAUACAAUUGAUUCUAGUGGGAAAAACCAUUGGAACUUUUAGGGAAAGCUUUAAAAGAUAAUUCUGUAAAUCAUAGAAUACUGAAACUUGGAAAUGAAUAUAAAAAAACACUAAAAGCAUUUAAGGUUAGUAACAAAAUAGUAAAUCAAUUAAAUAUUUUAUUUUUUUUCAUUAGUGUUAAUAGGAUAGGAUAUUUUAUAAGGUUUUGGUCUUCAACUAUUUAAAUGAUGUAGUACAGUAAAAUUUUCAUAUACUGGUCACCGAAGGUGACAUUUAAAGGUGACUGUCCUUUAGAGAUGUCUUUUAAAGACAUUAUACUUGAUGGGACCAACAAAAUUACUGGUACAUAAAAGUGACCAUUAGCAAAGUUUUACUGUGUUACAUUCCUCUACUGGUAAUUCCAGAAGUGGAAUAGUUGGGUUUUCAUAAGAUAUAAUAGAAAAAUUAUCAUUACGCUAUUACCAGAUCUUAUGUAGACUGUAUUGUUAUUAUUAUUAUUUUUUUUUCUUAUUUCAUACCUUAUAAUUGCUAAAAAUUAAAAUCAACUCAAGUCAGGUUAAAAAAAUUACUAUUGCAAUAAAAUAGCUUAUAAACCACUUAAUGUUGAAGUAAAAACUUAUUUAGGUAUGAGAACAAAACAGUAUUAAUUUGUAUUCAAAUUAGACAAUUAAAUAAUCAUAAUAAUUAUAGGUACCUGUUAAAAAAAACUAUCACAUUAAAUUUGAUUUUUAUUUUAACCAUUAAAUACAACUUUCAGUACAAUUUCAAUUCCUUCAGAUGUUUUUACAUUAUUUUUUUUUGAGUCCAAAGGUAGGCUAUUUAUUAUUCUUUCUCAGGAUGCAAUCUAUGUCAAAUGUUAUUAAAAUCUGUUCAGUGGUUUAAUUAUGAAAAGGUAAUAGACAGACAAAGUUACUUUCACAUUUAUAAUGGAUAAUGUAGUCAAUCUAAUAAGUCCAACUCACUCUAAUAAUAAAUUGAUAUUGCUCUAUAAUAAGCCAUAUAAAAUGUUAAUUUUGUUUAUAUUAUUUACAGACUAAUAUGAAAAUAAAAGCAUUAUUAAUGACAAUGAGUUUGGGUUCAAAAGGAUUAAAUUUGACUGAAGCUUCAAGAAUAUUUUUUAUGGAACCUAUUGUUGAAAAUACAGAUGUGCUUGAAGCUAUUGGCCGAAUUAAUAGAAUAGGACAGACAAAGUAAUAAUAUUUUAUGGUUAUAAAAUAUUAUAAUUAACAUACAUGUUUUUAUAUUUUUAGACCAACCUUUGUUCAUCAUUUCAUAAUUAAAGAUUCCAUUGAAGAAAUUAUUACAAAUGAAUUAUCUCAUCUUAGGAAUUUGAGUGAUAUAACUAUUACUCAAAUGCUUAAUUUGUUUAAAAAUUAA